AGUUUGUUUUUAUUUUUAAUAAAACCCCAGUCAAAGGCGCAGGCCUAUAUACUGAACAACGCAAGCGGGGGAAGUCAUACCAACUCCCAAAUCGAUAUCGUUAAGAUAUCCAUCCAAUCGCUGAGCUUACAGUUCAGUCAACGGAAGGCAGAAGCUAAAAUACAAUAAAUAGAAACUUGACAACACAUUUCAUCUGCUGCUUUGAAGCAUUGUCAGUAACGUUAUAUAUAACCAGUCCAAAUCCGGCUUCUGUGUAAAUGUAAAAAUAACAACGACGAGGUGUUUUCUGCUACAGCUCUGAUUUGUGCCACUGACUCAUACCCUGACUCCAUAGCAACCGUGGCUGAGGCGCAUGGGUAGUAAGUUUAUUUAAAAAAACAAACAAACAAAGAGGAGAUUAUUAAAAACCAGUGAUCCUAACAUAUACAUAUUACAGCGUUAUAGUAUUUACGAGCCCGUGUUUGAGUGUUCAGGAUAGAAGUGGUGAAAAUACAACCCCCAGAGCUCCUUCUGCCCAUGAAUGGCCCCUCCCCCUUUCUCUGCCCGCCUUACUUUAUUUUUUAGAGAUGUUAUACAGGCAGCUGACAAAUUAAAGGACAACUCUCAAUAAAUGACUGGAGGAACAUAACGAAUGUAGAUGCUUCCACACAGGUGCACUGCAGGGUACAACUAAGAAAUGAACAUGUGGCAUGUAUAAAACACAUGAUAGCAGCCCAUCCGGGUACUCAAGCCCCCGCUCCCUUCUGAUAAAUGUAAAUGCAAAUUCUAAGGUCUUUGGCAAUUAAAUGCCAUAAAAUAAGAAUCUCGUAUUUGCUUUUUAGUUAUUAGGAGCCACAAUCUCAUGGCCACCAAGGUAAUAUAGAAAAAUAAAGACACAGGGGUUGAUGUCCUUUUAGUGUGCCUCCAUCAAAGUGGACGAACCUGACAUAUACAAGUACAUUAUUGAAUCAUAUUUCUGACAUUAGUCACUGUUUCUGUCGUUAAGACACUUUAUUUUUCUGUUUUGGUUGUCUGUUCAAUGUGACGUUACUGUAAGCUAACGUCAGUGUGGCAGUGCGUAACAGCCGUUACGUUUCAUUGAUCAACCUUUUCCUAAAAGAGAUGGGGUUUUAUCUCAGUCAGCACACAUGUCAUUUACUCACUAACAUCAUUAACUGACCUCUGAUGAAGUGUUUGCCCCCUCAGUUUACUCUUUUAUCCUCUCUGCAGAUGGCCUAAAGCCACUCUUCUUUUACAAUCUUUUGCUCUUUGGGGAAGUAAAGAAAGUCAUAACCUGGGUUUUUUUAUUGUCUGAUGUGCAAAAUUUGAUGCAGAAACUUUUAGACAUAGUACCACUUUGACAGUUCUUGUCACCCAAAAUUCCGAUUUUGUUAGGGGGAUAUUAUAGUGGGGUUGCACUGCAUUAACACAUCUGAGAGUACAAUGAUUCUGAGAGCUAGUGCAGCAUAAUAUGAUAAAAACAUUGUAUUGCGAUAUGAUUCAUCUUUCCUUAGUGUGGGCGUAAUCAUUUUUGCAUCACAAAUGAAACUUAACACGAACAACAACAGUGGCCCCAUUGAUAGGGCACGAGGGGUCUACGACAAUGAUGUGAAUCAUGUGCUGCAUAUGCAGAUAUCAACGCAAUUGAACACCUAUGCAAGAUUUUGCACCGAUGUGUUAGACAGCGCUUUCCACCAUCAUCAAAACACCACAUCCCUCCAGUUCCAAAGAUUGGUAGAAUCCAUUUCAAGGCACAUUGAGGCUGUGCUAGAGAUACACCGUACUAUAAAACUUUGUUUGUUUUUCCUUUAAUUUAUCACCCAUCUUUAUAUUAUUAGGUUAUUAAUGUGAGACUAUAAUCCCAAAGCAAUACAAGAAAACAGAGGUGACAUUUAUUCAUCACUUGGGAGAUACUCCACAUUUUAUUUCGGCACCCAAUAUUAAAUAAUAUAUAUUAUAUCAACUACAUAGGCUACAAAUUCUGAAAUGUAUGUUUUUUUGGUAAAACCUGGAGGCAGAAUAGUUUGUUUCUUUACUUUUUAUCUGAAACAAAAUCAUACUUUUACUGAAGUAACCAAUGUGAUGCUCCACUGCGUACAAAUGCAGAUCAAGAGCCAUUGCCUACUAUUCAUUUGAAGAAGACAUAUUGAUUGUUUCACUUCAUACAGUUCACUUUUUUCUUUACCCUUCUGAGCAUAUUUUUGGGUAGCCAAAUGGCUGAUUUUGACAUCAACAGGAAGUUGGUGUUAUCAAAGGGAAACACACACACACACACACAUACACACACACACACACACACACACACACAAAAUGUGUUACAGAGACUAUUUUUCUCCUUAAAGACCCUAAUCAGCAUUUUCUUUUUGUUUCUUUUUCACCUUUUUUUUCUUUCUUUUUUUUAAAACUUAUUUUGGAUUUGAGGAACACAGCUCAACAACAUUACUUCACAGCUGGAAUGUUUUGCAAUUUGGAAAGGUUAGUUCCUUUGCGCCAAGUGUGCCAGCUCACAGUCAGCUGAACGUUAUGCCACUGUAAAUAAACACUGUCUAAUAUUAGACAGAAUACUGCAAAUAUUCCUUCCUCACAUUAGUGUCAGUGCUGUUUUUGAAAUCCUAAAACACCAGCUGUAGAUUUUAUUAAGAUAUGUCAAGCUGUUCCAGUUCUAGUUGUAUAUUAGUGUUUAACUGGUUUCUGUGGCAUAAGGGAAGACUACACUUCUUCACUCAAGAAAAAGGAAAAGCUGAGUUUUUCUUGUUCAUCAGCCCUGUUUGUCUCCUAUAUGGGACAGUUAAUAUCAAGAUGUGUCAUUGCAAGAUGUAUUCAUGAACCACAAACUCCGCAUACAGCUUGCAGAUCACAACCACAUACAUGAGAUAACUACCACAUGCAGCGUUGACAGUUAAACUCAAAUCUGCAAACCGGGGCUCGAGUCAGUAAUAACGCCUGCACAUUAACACUUCAUACCCAGUGCAUGUAAGCAACUGUGCAUUGUGCAACCUGGAAACGCCAACAUGUGCUUACACCAGCAUGAGAUCACAAUAUGUGUGAAAUUACACUUACUCAGCGUAAAAGAUUUGAUUCGGUACAGUAAGUAUACACCUAGUAAAAAGUUUAUGAUCUAAAACCUACCUUAAAAAAUGCAGUCUAAUGCAACAACCUUGAAAUAAAUCCUACUUUCAUGAAGGUCAUGAUGUUCGUGUUUUGAUUUAACUGUUUUAGAGAGGUGUUGAUUCAAUUGUAUGGUAAGUUUGGAGAUUAUAUGCAGUUUGUGCUGCUGUUAUAUUUUAUGGUGUCAUAGUAAGAGGUGUUUCUGAUAUUUUGUCCACACCAUCAUUAUAUGAAUGAGGAGUAUGAGAAACACCUCUCAAUAUAAUGCAGGACAGUUCAACAGCACCACAAACUACUGCCUUAAAUUGUCCUGUCUGGCAGUCAAAGCCAUAUUGGAUUUUACGAAACGUAUAAUACAGACACUGUGAAUGUGUCUAAUGUGUCUACUUUGUAAUGUUGUCUAGUUUGGGAGUGUUCAUACUGUCUUGAAAGAGGGUGAUCAUGUGACUAGCAAGAAAGGAAACUGGUGUUUUGGCUUAUCAGACGUCAUCCUGUGUGUUAGAAAAAGGCAGAUGUUUGGGUGGAAAGCGGUUUGGAGAGGGGGAAGAGAAAGAAGAAGGGAGGGAUUUGUUGGUCACAUGUAUUUUAUAUUUCUUUAUCAUGAGGGUGUCAAAGAUUUUCAGUGUGUCUGGAUGGGGUAGGAGGACCUGCUUCACUCAAACUGAGCUUAUUGGACAUAAAUAGAGAAAGUGAAAUUGCUAAACUAGGGUAAAUGGCAUGAUAGCCCAGGCAAAACCACUCAGCUCAGUCAGAUGUCACUGUAGGCAGUGUUCAGGACUUUAAUUAAAGACUAGACUUGAUGAUCUUACUGGUGUGAGAGGCCUUGUGGUAGCUAAUUUACAGAGGAACCGGAGAUAACUGGAGAUGAGGGACGCAAUGUGGAUUUAUGCCGCCUUCAUCCUCUUGUGGUCUGAAGCAUGGAGCCAGAUUACAGGAACUAAUCAAAGCACCUCUGCAAACUCCAACACUACUACCCCUUUCAAAUAUACCGUUGACAGACAUACAACUUUCAAGAUGGGGAGUGAUGCUGAUCUCACAUGCAGUGAUAAGACAGUAAAUGAGACAAUAUAUGUUAUCUGGAAGAUAGACUUGAAAUACAAAGACUGUGAGAUAUCUUUUAGCAAUGAUGGCCAAAGUUUAGAUUCCUGCAAUGAUGGCAAGUCCCUGCAAAGCACAUCCAGUGAUGAAUUCUACCUGCACAUCCCAAACUUCUCAAAUGAUGACGUGGGGAUCUACAAGUGUGAUACAGCUUACAAGGGAGGAGGUGAAACUUACAAGAUCGACGUGUCUAUCACAGUUCCUCCCACUAUAUCAGCCUGGUUAGAGCGUAAGGACAACAUGGUGGUGGCAGUGUGCAAAGCUGAAAGAGGAAAACCUGCAGCCAGCAUCACCUGGAGUCAUAUGGAAAACUUGACGGCUGGGGAGCCAGUGAUUGACUCAAAAGGAUUUUUUACAGUCGAAAGUCGUCUGGAGUUCCUUGAGGGAAUGAAUCCAGAAAACCUGAGCUGUGUUAUCAGGCACCCGUACUGGAGAGAGGAACAGAUUUUUGUACCAAAACACAGAAAAGGUGAUGCCAGCAGUCCAACACCUCACCAUCCAAAUCACCACCAAUGGAGGAUGUGGUGGAAAUGGAGGAAGUGGAGGAGGUGGAGCCCUACGCCAACCCUAAGGGACUGUUCUGCCAUCUACUGGUGGAGAUCAGAACAUUGUCCAGCAUCAUGAUCAUGCAAAGUAAAUGUUAGGAUGUCUAAUAAUGAUAAUAAUACACACAUACAUAUAGAACUGCUGAACGUUUUCUUAACACAAGAAUCAUAUGUAUAUUAAAACUGUUUUUGCUUCCUGUAAUAAUUCACAAUGUUCAUACUGGCUAUUAAGAGAUGCCUUCCUAAUUAUUCCACUGUAAGUGAUUGGGAACAAAAUCCAGAGUCCCCUGAAGCCAGAGUCUGCUCUUUCUGUUUUGAAUUCUGAUAUUUAAUUGUAGGCGGCUCAUCUUACCUUCAAACUGAUUAUUUAGUUGGACAGAAAAGAGGAAACCUCACGAAUGUAUUUCUGUCCACAGACCAUGACAAACUUGGACUCUCUUAGUAUGUCUCAGUGGUGGAGGAAGUCGUCAGAUCCUUUACUUAAGCAAAAGUACUUAUAUCACACUGUAAAAUACUUUGUCCUGCAUUGAAAAGCUUAAGUUAAUGUAUGUAAGUAUAUUCAGGGAAAUAUUAAAGUAUUAAAAGUAAAAGUAACGCAAAAAAAUUUCCCCUGUGACUAUUUUGCUAGUAUGUAUUGUAUCAUCAUUAGAUAAUUAUGCAGCAUUUUACUGUUUUCUAAUUUUGAACCAUUUUGUAUAAGACUAAAACAUCAUCAUUUGAGCUGUUUGUGCGUAGUUACAUUCCACCAUUGGUUUUUCAGUGGUCCGUUCUGGUGAACACAUUAACACAAUUUCUUCUCUUUGAACUUAUUUCAAACAUUUUCAGUGAAACAGUUGAUUGAUACAACAGUAUCAUGAACAAAAGUGGUACUCUGUAAACUUUUAAUCAAUAAAAAAAUCAAUAAAACCACAAUGAAACCAA